AUGAAAAGCCAUGUUUUAAAUGGCAAAAAAAACAUGUGUUUUUCAAAAUCUGCAUCUACAAAUGGAACUGGAGAUGUAUUCCAAGGAUAUCCAACCGAUUUUGGAAAAGGAUAUUCCUAUUCUGAGAACAAUCUAUCAAGUGAAGAUUUUCUACAGGAUACCUUUAUUUAUCAAAUGAUGGAAGGAAUUACGAUUCCAUGUAUUUCAAACGAAGUUUUUCUAAAGGAUACCUUUACUUAUCAAAUGAUAAAAGGAAUUGACAUUCCAUAUAAUUCAAUUCCGUGGUUCAAAUUUGAUAUCGAAUUUAAUAAUUCAUAG